ACCUUGGGGCAGCCAGUGCGCAUGCGCCUUCCGGAGAGUUCCUCACGUGGAGGUAGUAUAGGAGGCUCUCAGUUCCACGCUCGCUGACUGCGGUGUUGCACCAGACAGACUAUCCGACAGCGUUCACACUAAAAAAUGGCCUUCAGGAAGUUCCUCCCUCUGUUCGACCGGGUGCUGGUGGAGCGUCUGACAGCGGAGACGGUGACCAAAGGAGGCAUCAUGCUGCCGGAGAAGUCCCAGGGCAAAGUGCUGCAGGCCACCGUGGUGGCGGUCGGCCCGGGCUCGCUUACCCAGAAAGGCCACUUGCAACCGGUUAGCGUGAAGGUUGGAGAGAAGGUGCUGCUACCAGAAUACGGAGGAACCAAAGUUGUUCUAGAGGAAAAGGACUAUUUCCUUUUCCGUGACGGAGACAUCCUCGGCAAAUACGUCGACUAAGUCUUGUUCUUUGUCAGCUUGUGUAGAGUCUGUCAUCGCUGCAGAGAAGGAUUCAUUUCUUUCACGUCUGUUUUUCUUUUUUAUGUGCCGUAAAUUGUAAAUAAUUCUAAUUACAUUUUGUUACAAUAAUAAACUCACUCAACUGUUA